UGAUAAUGGAAGAUAUGGUUCUUAAUCAGGGGAAGGAGGAGUCGGCUCUUAGUGGACACCUGUCAACACAAGGUCUGAAGAACCUCAACACACACAGGUGGUCGAAGAAGAAACAAGAGAGAGGAAGAUCACACAAGGUCUGUUAAGUCAUGCGAAUUCUUGCUGCUCGCCUCGCUAACCAUUUUCGCAGAGGAAGAAAUGGGUAUCUUCGAUCUCAGGACUUCUCCUCGUUGACCAAGAAAGAGGAUCUUACAUUCGAGGAAGAAGCUGAGAGGAAGAUAGGAUGGAUGCUGAAGCUUUUCUUUGCUGGGACAGCAACAUAUGUUGGGUACCAGUUCUUCCCUUAUAUGGGCUUUUAUAGGGGAAUUGCUCCUGGAGUCACUGGAUCUCUAGCCACUGGAGCAACUUACUUUGGUGUUAUUGAGUCCACAAAGAAAUGGAUUGAAGAGUCUCAUACCAACUUAGGCGGGCACUGGGUACACUUUAUUGCAGGAGCUAUUGGUAUGGUAUCUACUCUCCUCUCUCGUUCAUCUGAUCAAUAAGUUGGUGGUAAAGAUAGGAGGACAACGUAUGUUCACUCAUGUAGAAGCUGACUUUGAAUGCCAAUAAAUCAGACAUUUCAAUGUUAUGUGAUGAUUUAAACUAUGGAUAUCGUGGGUCUGUAAAAGAUAAGAUUGCGGUUUUGAGCAAAACCGCACAAGGGAAAGGUUACAAGAAUUGCUGAAGGCAUAUGAAGCAACAUCAAAAGUUGUCAGACAAAAGUGUGCAUGAUGUGGCUGGAGAUCAUUGGUUGGAAUAAAAAACAGAAUGGCGGGAUGAAGUGGUUGCAGCGACGUGGAUGCUACAUGAACCAUCGUGUUGCGUUGCUCUCUUCUCAUUUCUCACCCUUCUCCGUCGUUAUGGCUUCCGAGAAAGAGGCUGCUCUAGCCGCCAUUCCUUCCGAUUCUCCGACCAUUUUUGACAAGAUCAUCAGCAGAGAAAUUCCACACCACGUGGUUUAUGAGGAUGACAAUGUCUUAGCAUUUAGGGACAUAAGGCCCCAGGGACCCAUUCACAUCCUUGUCAUACCAAAAGUGAAGGAUGGCUUAACUGGUCUCUCUAAGGCUGAGGAGAAUCUCGACAUCUUGGGCCGCCUUCUCUACGUUGCCAAGCUUGUAGCAAAACAAGAAGGCCUAGAUGACGGUUUCAGAAUUGUGAUCAAUGAUGGUCCACAAGGCUGUCAAGCGGUGUAUCACAUUCAUGUUCAUGUUAUUGGAGGACGCCAAAUGAACUGGCCUCCUGGAUAAAAAGAUCUCAUCUACUAGUGACUGUUGUCCUGGUUAUAAGAGGAACCGUCAGAGUUUGCUAUUGUGAGUAUUGUCUUCUGUCUUUACAAAAUAAAAAGCUUGGGACAUUUUGACCA